UAGCUGUAUCCAGUUGGGUGGCUGGCAGAUCCAAGGGUUACCAUGAAGUUUUCAGGACCCCUGGAGAGCCAGAGAUUGUCUCUCCUUUUGGAGAUGGCAAUCUCUAGGGAAGCCCAGAUGUGGAAAGCACAUGUGCCCAAAAUUCAGCCUAAUCAGGACGCAGCCGUUUCUCCAGCACAGCGGGAUGAGGUGAUUCAGUGGCUGGCCAAGCUCAAAUACCAGUUCCAUCUUUAUCCAGAAACACUUGCUCUGGCCGUCAGUCUUUUGGACAGGUUUUUAGCUGCAGUGAAGGCCCGUCCAAAGUACUUAAAUUGUAUUGCGAUCAGCUGCUUCUUCCUUGCUGCCAAGACAACUGAGGAAGAUGAGAGGAUCCCAGUACUAAGAGUCUUGGCCCGAGACAGCUUUUGUGGUUGUUCUCCAGCUGAGAUUCGCAGGAUGGAGAAGAUUAUUCUGGAUAAACUGAACUGGGAUCUUCACACGGCUACGCCAGUGGAUUUCCUUCAUAUUUUCCAUGCAGUUGCCAUCUCCACCAGGCCUCAGUUACUGACCAUCUUGCCUAAGAUGACCCCCUCUCAGCAUGUGGCGAUUCUCACCAAGCAGUUACUGCACUGUAUGGCCUGUUACCAGCUGCUGCAGUUUAAGGGCUCUAUGCUGGCGCUGGCCAUCGUCAGCUUGGAACUGGAGAAACUGCUUCCUGACUGGCUUGCUCUCAUCAUUGAACUGCUCCAGAAAGCACAGAUGGACAGCUCCCAGCUGAUCCACUGUCGGGAGUUUGUGGCACAUCACCUUUCCACCCUGCAGUCUUCUCUGCCGCCCAAUUCUGUAUAUGUCUACAGUCCCCUCAAGCACACCCUGGUGACCUGUAACAGAGGAGCGUUCAAAUACCAUCCCUCCUCUGUCCCAGGCCCGGGUUUCUCCAAGGACAACAGCAGACCAGAAGUGCCAAUCAAAGGUACAGCUGUGUUCUACCAGCAUCUGCCUGCUCCGACAGGGUGCAAGCAAGCCUCUGCCAAGCGUAAAGUGGAAGAGAUGGAAGUGGACGACUUCUAUGAUGGAAUUAAGCGGCUUUACAAUGAAGACAUGGCUCCAGAGGUAGUGGCUCUCGAAAAUGUGGGCUCUGUUUGUGGUGCGGAUGUCUCGAGGCAAGAAGGCAAUGCUUCCCCUUGCCCACCUUUACAGCCUGUCUCUGUCAUGUAGUUACAAGUGUUUACCAACUCCUUGGGCAUUCAGAGGAAAGCUACUUUGUAAAACAUGUGGAAUCAGGCAAUGACAUUAAAAGCAGGGUGGGAAAGGGACUGUACCUCAUCAGGCUGAACUGAAGGGAGCCCAGAAAAAAACCCUCUUUGAAUUUUUUUUUCUUGUGCGGCUAAUGAUAGUUCCAAUAUUUAAGCAAUUUAAAAAUACAAAAAAGUAUAAAAAAUCUAUAAAAGACCCAAAAACCAAACAAAAAAAAAGUAGCAAAAAUUGUUUCUUUCUAGUGUUGUCAGUUCCACUGUUUUUCUGCUACUGUGUGUUGUAACCAUCUUCCAUGUCCAGGAGCUCACAUUGAUUGUGCAAAAUUGUUUGAGGUUUUCCAGCCAACCUAUGUCUAUCUGAUCUGAUUUCCUUUUCCUUCUUCCUCUCUUCCUGCUUGCUGUUCCUUUUGAACUCUUUGUGAGUCUUGUGCAUGCUGUUCUUGUACUCUGACCUUCAUGACAAAUUUUCUUUCCCCUUUUGCAAACAAAUUCCCCUCUUGUGUUUCAUUAGCACUUUGAUGUUUAAAUGUGAUAAUAUUUAAAACUGGAUUUAAAUCAAAGAUUAGUCAGGGAGGGAGGGCAGGGGGAAGUACAAUUACUGCAGAUUGCUCCAUAAGCAAAUAGCCAAAGCGGUGUGAAUGUGUUCUAGGAAAGCAUUAAGGUAGACAGCCACUGCACUUUUGUCUUAUAGAAAUAUUAAUUUAUCCUGAUCUAUCAACAUGAAGAGACUUAUGUUUUGGGUUUUUUUUAAUUGUAAAAAGCCAAAGCAGUUGAACUGAUUAGUGCAGUUGAAUAAAAACAUUGUUUUUCAUGUCUGCCCGAGGAAAUUUGUAGUCAAUUGGCUCUUUUGUGAGUACUCACAAAAGCUGGAAUGUGUACAUCAAACACAAACCUUAAAUUCUGUGACAGACUCAGUUUUUUUUUCUUUCUUUUUUUUCCGUUUUAUCCUUCCACGUUGAUAAACGUAGCAUGAACUCAACACUGCUUGGUUAGAUGCUUGGGGCAGUUCUAUAAUUCUCAGUUUUGGAACAUGUAUUUAUCAGCCACAGAAUACCUUAAGUUCUUGUUUCAGUAACUUUUAACUGAAAGUUAACCCUUUAAAAGCUUGUCUUAUUAAAUGUUAUACCUCCUGUUUCUCAAAAUGACCUAUCCUGGAUCUUAAGCUCUCUCCACAGCCCUGAGGAAGGUAUUGUAUUCAGAGCCAUUGUACUGAUGAAAGCCUUCUGGUAGCAAUAAAAAAAAGUUGUCCUUAAA